AUGCUGCACACCGAGGGCCACGCUCUUCUUCGGGCGGUGGGUCAGGGUAAGCUUCGCUUGGCCCGUUUGCUUCUGGAGGGAGGAGCCUACGUGAAUGAGGGUGAUGCCCAGGGGGAAACUGCGCUAAUGGCGGCCUGCAGGGCCCGCUACGACGACCCUCAGAACAAGGCACGCAUGGUACGCUACCUCCUGGAGCAAGGCGCGGACCCCAACAUCGCAGACCGCUUAGGGCGCACAGCGCUCAUGCACGCUUGCGCCGGGGGUGGAGGAGCCGCAGUGGCCUCUCUGCUCCUUGCCCACGGCGCAGACCCCUCAGUCCGAGAUCACGCUGGCGCUUCGGCGCUUGUCCACGCACUGGACCGCGGGGACCGUGAGACCCUUGCCACGCUGCUGGACGCCUGCAAGGCCAAGGGCACGGAGGUCAUCAUCAUAACCACGGAUACCUCGCCCUCGGGCACCAAGAAGACCAGGCAGUAUCUCAAUUCUCCACCGUCCCCGGGGGUAGAGGAUCCUGCACCCGCUCCUCCUAGUCCAGGGGUCUGCACGUCGCCUUCUGAAGUCCAGCUGCAGACUGCAGGAGGAGGACGGAGCUUGUUAUCCCCUCGCGCCCAGGAAGAAGAGGAGAAAAGAGACAUAUUUGAAUUUCCUGUUCCUAAGCCCCCUGACGACCCUUCCCCUUCCGAGCCUCUCCCCAAGCCGCCUCGACAUCCUCCAAAACCACUCAAAAGGCUCAACUCUGAGCCCUGGGGCCUUGUGGCUCCUCCUCAACCGGUCCCUCCAGCCGAAGGGAGGCCGGGGAUGGAGCGCCUGGCCGCUGAAUUUAACGGCCUGACCCUAACCGGUAGACCGCGUCUUUCCCGGCGUCACAGCACCGAAGGCCCGCAGGACCCGCCCCCGUGGGCGGAGAAAGUGACAGGCGGGGGUCCUCUCUCGCGCCGAAACACAGCGCCCGAGGCUCAGGAGUCUGGUCUUCCUGCAGGGCUAAGGCAAAAACUGAGCCGCAUGGAGUCCGUGGAGCUCGAUACCCCUGGACAUUUUUGCCCUGACUCUCCCGAAUGCAGCCGCUUAUCCCUGGAGCGCCGGCGAUACAGCGCCUCUCCGCUGACCCUCCCUCCAGCGGGCUCAGUUUCUUCUCCCCGCCAGUCCCAAGAGAGUCUGCCCGGGGCUGUAUCCCCGCUGAGCGGACGGAGGCGGAGUCCCGGGCUGCUGGAACGCAGGGGUUCCGGGACCCUGCUCCUGGACCACAUCUCACAAACGCGACCUGGUUUCUUGCCUCCUCUCAACGUCAGCCCCCACCCUCCCAUCCCCGACAUUCGCCCCCAACCCGGAGGUCGGGCACCCUCACUGCCUGCCCCUCCUCAUUCUGGGGCACCAGGGUCUCCCAGGACCAAGCGCAAGUUGGUGAGACGCCACUCCAUGCAGACUGAGCAGAUUCGCCUGCUAGGGGGUUUCCAGAGUCUAGGCGGGCCAGGGGAACCGGGGCGCUGAGAGAAGUGAGAGCCACCAAGGAGGGGGAGGGUCAGGCCCUGAUGGCGGGAGAACCAGCUGAUACCUCGGACACGGGAUCUCUUGCAUGUGCUCACGGCACUGUGCACGCACACAUGGGUAAGCAUGUGUCCACAAGCACAGUACACUCACUAGCGAGGAAGGAUAAAUACUGUGUUUACUGGGCGUAUAGAACCACGCAUUCGUGUCCUGGUCAUUUCAUACGCACACGGGAUUACUUGGGUGCCCAGAGGCACAGCACACCAACAGAGGACCACAUGUGCUAGGGUCCCAGACUCACUGGCAUUUGUUCAGAAGUAGCAGGAAGUCCCCACUUAAGGAUGGUCUCCUGUAUCUUUGCUCUCCUGGAAAAGCAAUCCCUUGCUUUCUAUGUAUGCCCUGAAACGUGGCCUAUCAUACUUUCGCAUACUCUGCUUUCUGUUCAUGAAUCUCUCUCCCCAUUCUGCAGGUCUUGCUUCUCCAUGCCUGGCUCCUUGCUCACACCCGGCUUCCAUCCGCUUUUCAGGAUGUCUUCACUUUUCCUAGGGUUCCCGCAACAGCGCCCAGUCUCGGUUCUGUUGCUGCCUUCCAUGCUCUCAACUUGCUUUUUAUUCCCACCCUGCACCCCACCCCCCAAAACACACACCACUACAGAUUGUCUUGUUUACCCCAGGGGGUGGGUCAUGGGCUCUAAGCUGAUCUUCUGUGUGUCUGAGCUUAUGAACACCCCUACAGGUAGAAGUGGGGAGUAAGCCUAAGCCAGCCCCCCUUGCCACUUGACAUGUCAAAUAAAUGUGUUCCGAAGUCUC